AUGUCACGCAGAAUAUGGAACAAUGAUGAAUGGAUGAAUUUUGUGAGAGCUCCUGCUGUUGAUGGAAAAGGUUGGGCAGAGUACCGUAGAGGACAAGCAUCGGUAAAGAUGCGGCCAGCCGCGAUAGCCCAUACUACUAGCCCGCCGACUAGUGGUUUCGAAGCUCAGAAUUAUUUAAAGGAUCGUUGUCGAAAGUGUUUUCGCCAGAAGGAUAAACACGAAAACUCUAUCACAGCCAAUCAGACAAAGAAGGAAAGACGAAAAAGCUGGCGAGAGCAAAAAAACCAAGACAACGGAGGUCCGGAAGAAGAUGAUGGGACAGAUCUACUUUCUGUUUCCUCAUACCUGUCAGCAACAUCAAAAGGAGUCUCCUCUGUGAAAUCUUGCGAAAGUAUGAAUGACACAAGAAGUAUGGUGACAGCUGUAAGUGGAUCUGUAGGAGAGGAUGAGCGUGUGUUGACACCAACGGAAGAUGACCAGUCUCUCGUUUUAUCCCUUAAAGAAGAAAAUCGGAAACUGAUUGAGACGAAUAAAAAACUGAAGGAAGAGCGAAAGAUGUGCUUGCGCAAGUGUACGGUGCAAGCGAAAGAUGCAAGUGAGCAGUCCUUGGUAGCAAUGCUGGAGGAACGCCUCAAUGAGGCGGAAAACAGUAUACAGGAUUACCGAGACGAAAAUACAGUGUUGAAAUGUGAGCUCCGAGACUUACAGGAAACCACCUAUGCAAAUUCUGACGCUAAACUAAAAGAAAAAAUUACAUGCACUGAAGCUCUUUGUGACGAAUUGAUGGAAGAAAAUGAAGUUCUCAAGACAGAAGUCAGAGAUUUGCAGCAAGAAAUUGAGGAGAUGCAGGAUCAAUACCGAGAAGAAGAAAUAGAGGAGUUUCGAGAGCUGCAAAGAGAGCUUGAGCAAAAUGCAAAGAAUUGCCGAGUGCUUCAAUUCAAACUUCGUAAAGCGGAAAGAAUGAAGGAGCAGACAGAAGCUGAAAAGGUCCAGUUACAAGCGCGACUCAACGAUUUUCUCGGGAGUUCUAGUGAAACAGUUGCUGUGUCGGUGCGAUCCGACUCUGUGCGUGUGAAAGAACUGGAGACUGAGCUGCGAAUUGCUAAGGAGGUUUCUGUGAAGCUGCACAGUGAGCUCGAACAAACGGAAGCAAAGCGAUACAAACUGGAGGAUGAACUUUUUUAUAUGAAGGAGAAAGUAAGAGAAUUACAAACUCAGAACAAAUGGAGAGAGGCAAGAAACAAAACGGAUGUUGCUAUGAAACGACUGUCCGCUGAACUUGCUGCCUCGACAACCGCCAUGCCAGAAGGAGAAAUAAGCAAAGAACUGCGUGAUGCUUUGGAAAGAGAAAUCGACAGUCGUGAACAGUUGAAAUUUGCCGAGGAAGACCUUAAACGAACUCAACAACGAUUGAAAGAAAUGGAAAACGAAAAUGAGGUUUUGUUACGAAAGCUUUCAAAGAGCGCUAAGCUAAGGCCUCCAAUGGUACGGUCAGCCAGUGAAGGGAACGCACACCUUCAGCUUGAAUUAGCAGAACAUGAGGUAGAGCACUUGUCAACGAAAGUGGAGAGGCUCGAGCGAACCAACGACCACCUAACAAAGAAAGCCCGAAAUGGACGAUUCAAUCCACGAUUUAACCGACCAAAUCUCUCCACAACCAACCAGGCGAAGCCCCGCCUUUUCGGUCACCAGCAUAGCAACUAA